AGAGAGAGAGAGAGAGAGUAAGAGGGAUGAAACGAGAGUUUGGAUCGAGUCAGGAGAGCGCGGUAGCGAGAGAGCGAAAGAGAGAUGGUGAUAGAGGAACGCGGUGCGACGGAGGCAAGGUUUUCGUCUCCAGUUCCCGCUAAGCGGCCGACAGGAAUGGAACGAUCGGGUUUUCUACGGUUUUCAACGUACACGUGGCUUAGCGUGGAGUAGCGUGCGGGGUUUCGCCACGCGGGACGCUUCUACACGCGCUGCUACAAGCCGACUUUCAGAGUAGUAGUAAUAGUAGUAGUUGUUGGUGGUGGAGGUGGUGGUGGUAGUAGUGAUGGUGGUGUUGGUGGUCCGUAGUAGUGGUUGCUCUGUAGAUGCCGGUGGGGGUUGGUGGUGGUAGUAGAGGUUGUGUGACCGACCGAGCACACGACGGCCGUCGAGAUAGCAUAUAAGUAUCUGUCAUCCCUACCACCACCGGCUUGCUACACGGACUCGUGCCGCCUGCCGCUUUCGAGCAAAGUUUUCGCGAGAUCCUGGAAACUGCGGGAGAUGCUACGGGCGUAGAGGGAGUACGCUCGAAGGAGGGUAGAAGGAAGGAACGUUUGCUGGUAGUCUGUGUACUCAUACUCACGGGGUUCUCUUUUCAGCGGAUUCUAACCUACUAACGAGUUUACUCCGUCGGUAACGCCGGCACGCGUGCCGCCUAUGUAAACGUGUCGUCGUGUAGUCACCAGUCACACGCACAUUGGGGGAUGAGUGUGGUUGCACGCCGCGCGAAAAAUCAUACUCGUGAUAUGACUCGUGAUCGUAUCGAUCGUAAUACGAACGAUAAGAAACCCGAGCGUAUGUGAUAAACGAUUUUAAACGCGAACCUCGUCGGCUCUUUUUAAGAGCUCGUUAACAACAUUAUCGAGGAUGGCGUCGAAGAAGAUUAGAAAGAACCAUUCGAUACAACAUCUUCUCGAAUUGCCAUCCAGUAGAGAAACUAAACAACCAUCGCAAUUUUCAUCUAAACAACCAACUCGGUCAUUGCCGAUUUCUACUCCUCGUCAGGUGCCAAUCACCGUCUUGCAUCCGACACCGAAAAAGUUGUACUUGAGCAAAUCACGGCAAAGCGGACUUUUGGAAGAUCCACAACAACAAUCUGCAGUCUCGCAAAUAGCCAGUCUAAACCCACGCCAGCAAGAGUCGUCCCUUGCAAGGCGGGACUAUCCCCGCCAAAUCAUGAACAAGGUGGAUGAUCGUGUAAGAUCGCCAAAUACGUUAAGAUGCGUGACAGCAACCACGUCGCUAUCUAUUUCCCCAUCGAGUCCUGAAGAACCUGUUACGCUGGUGGAACUGACCAGCGUCCCAGGCGGGCAGAAUGCAAUGGCACAUCUCAAAAAGCGGAAGCUGGAAGCAGAGUCGAUCAGUUCGAAUCUUAAACAACCUCAACAGCAACAGCAACAGCAGCAACAACAACAACAACAACAACAACAACAACAAUUGCAGCAACAGCCAUUACUGACAAACAAAAAGGGUCCUCAAACUAGCGUUCCGAAAGAAAUGGAGGUGACUGACACAGCUGCUGCCAAAAGAAGAAGAAAAAGUGUUCGUGACGAUGAAAUACGGAAAUCGGUUGACGUUGAUCCGAAUAAAAAUAUAUCAUUGCCGCAGAAGAAACGAGCAUUCACUUCGGGAAAUUCAGGAAGUCCGGCUAGGAAAUCAAGUAAACAUUGCGAGGAACCGGAAGACGAUGAAACUCUUAUAAGAGAAACUGAGGCAGCUUUGAAAAGUUUAUCUGGAAGUUGGCCUGGACCUAGAGGUUCGUUAUAUCAAAGAGGAAAUUCAGAGGAAGACAGAUAUGAGUCGAAUUUCGAGAAUCUCUUUGAGGAAAAGAAAGAAAAUCCAAAAUUAUCGCCUUCGUCGUUGUCAACCUCGUCGACGACCAGCACGGACGCUGGUUGUUCGUUGAAAGAUGUGAUAACGCUUCGUGGUCAACAUGAUCGGUGCGGUAGAUCCCAGAUGCAGAUGAAACAAGACGUUAUGAAACAGCAACAUCCGAUAAAAGGCAAGAAAGAAUUUGAUAACUUGAUCAAAAUCGAAAACGAAUGCGCGAAUAUACAAUGUCAAGUAAACACAUGUCAAAAUGAAUCUAGCAAGAUCCGACCAAUAUCGGUAAGAUCUUUGGCUGGCAAAGAGAGAAAUGAAAGAAAUCUCGUUGGUGCACACGUUGAUUCCCAAGGCCGUCAAGUGGACAAUAAAUAUUCCAGAUACGAACCACCAGAUUUUAACGAAUUAGUCGAUGAUUCGUCGAACGAAUUAGAAAUCGACAUGUCAGAUCCUACUCCCGAUAAAGAUGAUACUACAGGAGACAGACCAAAUGAUCGUGACAGAGAUAGGAUGUGCAAAAAUGCGCAAUCCCCUUCCAUCAUCGGAAGACAACAACAACAACAACAACAACAACAACAACAACAGCAUCAUCACCAACAUUAUGCGGGAUAUCAAAGGCAAUAUCAUGAAAAUAAUAUGAAGAUUUCGCCUACGGCAACAUCAUCUAAUUCUUCGGUAUCAACGAAUUCUCCAUUCUCAGCAACUUCUGCGUUCAGGCCUCCUACCAGUGAUCAUUCGAAAAACAUUUGUCGCAGUACAACAACGGUACCAGUUGGUGCGACCCCCAUACCACCUAUUGGUCCAUAUCCAGCUUCGGCAACCUUCGUUGGUUAUCCAGCACCAGGUCUUGGGCCAACGAUGCCAACCCCACAGCCUGUUCCUGGUUUGUCACCGACGUCAGAGGACAAACAUUCACCGACCGUUUCAUUGUUGCAAUUGAAAUCAUCUAAGGAAGAAUCGCAUCACGUGUCGGUACACGAUCCUUCAUCUAACACGGUAUCGAGCAGUAAAAGUCCAACAGGACUUCCCUCAGUGACAAGUCCAGACUCCUCAAAACAGUAUACGAUCCUUCAACCCGCGGGAGUAGGUUCUAGAGCUGCCAGUGCUAUUCAAGAUAUUACCAGAGAAGGAGUAGUCAGUGUUGCUGCAGUUAGCAAUUGUAACACUGGAAGCAACAAUACGAACAACAAUAGUAAUAAUAAUAAUAACAACAAUGGAACGAAUUGUAAUCGUAACAUUGCCAACAAGAAUACGAGUAACAACAAUGUGAAUAAUAAUAAUAAUAACAAUAGUGGAACUAAUAGAAAUUCGAACAGUAACAACGUAACCAACAUUUCGAUCACCACUGUGUCUACCAGUACUACAUCCAGUUCCACAAAUACCGUUGAUGGUUCAUCUGCAAGUGGAACGGGACAACAGGAAAAUAUGAUAAAAAUGCCAGAAAGACCUAACACGUUCGACGCCAACAGACCAGGAAUGUCCAUGUCUCCGUCCAGUCUCAGUAGAGAAGGCAACAAGUGUCCAACCCCAGGUUGCACGGGGCAGGGUCACGUGACCGGACUCUAUUCCCAUCACCGCAGUCUUUCUGGUUGUCCACGAAAGGAUAAACUAACGCCCGAAAUGUCAGGAAUACCACCAGAAUAUAUCAGCACAAAUCUACUUCCACCAUCAAUGGACAGCAAAUCCUAUUCGCAGUAUUCGUCCGGUAGUCAGGACACAAAGCCAGUGAUAAGUUCCUUGACUUAUGACUAUUAUGCCUCUACGAAAAGCACAGGGAUAAAUGUGAAGCCUCCGAAAACGUCGGAGGAAAGUCCACCAUCUCGUUCAAGCAAGGUAGUCCCUAAGACCGAGAACAUGACUGCUAGUGGUAGUUGCUGCAAUCCUUUACCAAGUAGAGGCCAAAAUACAUCGGACCUGUUGGUACCUAAAACGGAAGAUAGCGUAUCGUGCCGUGUCAAUUCACCGCCACCGCCCCCACCACCGACAGUUCGGCCUACAUACGACUCUUACAUGAAUCAGGAUUCAAAUUCCUCAUCGUUGUCGUCGAUGGAUGCAAUGGGUUCGAGGGGUACCAUAGGUGGAAGCAUACAUCAUUCCAAUCAACAUCCAACGCAUCACGUUUUGCCAAUGCAACCGACCGUUGCUUAUCCCAUGCCAAUGGUCGAAGACACGAGGAUGAGUCAUCAAAUGUCUCAAAGAUCACCUUACGAGUCUACGACAAUGAUGGCUGCCGCAGCAGCUGCUGCGGCAGCUGCUACUACCAGCGAAGAACUUUAUCAUCACAGAUCUGCCGAACAUGCGAGAGCUUAUAUGCAUCCAGGAACAACUAAUAUUGCAAGACCCGUGGUUACUUAUUCGAAUGAGAUCGCCGCUGCUAGGGGUUACGAAAAUCCAAUAGCCAAUGCUGCUAAUCAUCGACCAUACGAUCCAGGUACCACGUCAGCGUACGAAAGAUACGAUGCGCAAACUUGUGCCCCGAUCCAACCUCAACAACAGCAGCAGCAGCAACAACAACAGCAGCAACAGCAGCAACAACAACAGCAACAACAACAGCAGCUACAUUCAAGAUCAAAUAUGUAUUAUUUGGGACAGACCGGCAUGACGCCCGAGGAACAGGAACGCGUUUAUCAUCAGGAAGCUGCAGCAGCCGCGCAACAACAUCAAAUGGUUAUGGCUGCAGCCACGGCAGCGAGCAUGAUGAAAACGGAAGAUGUGAAAUGCGUGACAGUAGCACAAGUUCAACAAAUGCAAAAACCUGGUGGUCCGCCAACCUCUCCAGGGGGUUCGGUAAUGGAUCUAUCCACGUCGAGCGUUACUUCGACCAGUCCACAGGCUCCUCCUUACGGUUCAAGCAGUCUCAGUCCGCAAUAUGGAGGAGGUCAAACUGUCGGAGGUAGUCCACAAGCUGCUGCAAGUCCUCACUUGACUGCAAGUCCUCAAGUCCCUAGUCCUCAGGGUCAAACAUUGGACCUUAGCGUGAAUAGACUACACAGUGGUGCACCAAGUCCUCAAUAUUCCACGGGUCAUGGAGAAGCCGUGGCGGUUCCCGUAGGUCCAGGCUUUCCGGCACCACGACCAAUCGAAGAACAGACCGAGCCCGUGGACUUCUCCACGGCAAACGAGCCAGUCAAUUUCAGCGGGGGUCCAGGAAUCAGGCCUGUCCCAGGAUUCCCGCCACCCGGUGUGCACGUAGCUGCAUAUAGUCGUGAAAGUACCCCUGACAGCGGUGGUUCCCACUACAUGGACGCUUACCGAGAUCCUACUGGAUAUGGACCUAUGAGCCCGCAUCCAGGUUACGGUAUGGCUGGUGUACAACCAGAGUAUCCUGGAAACACUUAUACUCCCUACCCCACCGCAAGUUAUAAUUGUGGUGGAACCUAUCCUGCAGGUCCAGUUACUUCUGGAUACCAAAUUCCAGCAGGUUAUACCCCAGCACCGUGUUACAGUAUGCCGCCGCCACAGCAUACUGUCGGACCUCUCGAUAAACCAUCUGGUAAAGAUGACAGUAUGAAUAUAAGGAGACACACGUUGAAUUUUGCACCUCGGCCCGCCCCUCGUGGUCGCGACGGCAAGGAGCUGAUACAGUGCCCCACGUCGUCCUGUGAUGGCAUGGGUCAUGUCUCGGGGAACUACGCUACCCACAGAAGCCUCUCUGGUUGUCCGCGAGCCGAUCGUUCACAAAUUCAAGCGCACUCUCAAGAGUUGAAAUGUCCAACGCCAGGAUGCGAUGGAUCAGGACACGUCACUGGAAAUUAUUCGUCUCACAGAAGUUUGUCCGGCUGUCCGCGAGCUAAUAAACCGAAAAGCAAACCCAGGGAUGGACAGGAUUCUGAACCAUUAAGAUGUCCCAUCCCAGGUUGUGAUGGAUCUGGCCAUGCUACUGGCAAAUUCUUGUCGCAUCGCAGUGCAUCCGGAUGCCCGAUCGCAAAUAGGAACAAAGCGCGAGUCUUGGAGUCUGGUGGAACAAUUGAACAACACAAAGCAGCAAUCGCAGCGACGACAGCGAUGAAAUUUGAAGGUGUCAAUUGUCCUACACCAGGCUGCGAUGGUAUCGGUCAUAUAAAUGGCUCAUUCUCAACGCAUAGAUCUCUAUCGGGUUGUCCUAUAGCCGGACAUGCUGUCAAGAAACCAAAGUUCGAGGAUAUGUCAAGCAUGUACAGCAAAGGAAUCCCCGGGGUGGACGCCGGUGGUCCGGCUCACGGAGGUGCGGUGGGCACGGGUCAGGGUAAUACAAGCGGUGGUGGGUCCACGAGUGCCCAGGGCGAAGACCUCUAUACACUGGAGGCUGAAAUCACAGAACUCCAGAGGGAGAAUGCUCGGGUUGAAUCGCAAGUACUGCGCCUGCGUUCCGACAUCACCGCCAUGGAGAAUCAACUGAAGCAGGGCGAGAAGGAAACAACGACGAUAGCUACGCGAAACAAUAAUCUAACCGAGUACUAUCAGUCGUUACGUGAUAACAUGAUAACGUUGCUGGAACACGUACGAAUACCCAACGCCCCAGGUGGACCGCAAGAGAAAAUGGGCCAUGAGAAUUUUGAUAGUUAUCUAACAAAACUGCAAACUCUGUGCACCGCCGACGGCUAUUGUGCCGACGAAACCAAUCGACCGAUCUACGAAACGGUGAAAACCGCCCUACAAGAUUUCACGGUCCUGCCGACACCCAUCUGAGACCAUCCCUAAAGUUCAACGAUCGAGUACAGUGUCGUUCGAACGUCUUUGAUAAAGUGAUUAACGAUAAUGUCCGAUUCAAUUUUACCUACCUACCUACUUACUGGUAAGGUAAACUUUCGUGUCCAUUGUGAAAAAGGAACUUUGCAUUAUCGACCAGCCGCUAAGCAAACUUUGCUUAAAUUAAUUUAAACGAUUCAAAAAUGGAUAUUAUCUCUUAACGCGUAACGAUUCUAUUCGGUUAAAGGAGAAGAAAUUCGUUCGAAAUGUUUGUUGGAUACUUAUUAUAUUCGAGAAAAUAUAAUUGAACAACAUAAAUAAAUAAAUAAAUAAAUCAAAUGAUUUCACGAAACAUCUCGAUCGUAUCCAAAAUGAAAUGUAAUAUCGGAACGAGUCGAUUAUAAAAAGACUAAACGAUGAUUUCAUUUCGCAUACAGCGAAAUAUCUUUUGUACAUACGAAAAUGAAUGUCGCGUAUAAUUCGUAAGAUCAUCGACGAUAAAUAUAUUAAUUAGCACUUUGUAAAUACACGGAGGGAAAAGAAACAAAAAAAAAAAGUGAAAAGAAAAG